AACCUAAAUAGUGACAGACAUUGUUUAUUUAAUAUGCAACAAUACACAAUUCUUCAGUUGUAAUUGAAUAUUGUUCUAUAUGCUGAAUGACAACUACACAAAAAUGACUAAUAAAUGUUAGAACGCUAAUAAAAUAACUUUGAAGACCCAAUUCUAGUCAUGAGUGGAGAUAUUCAACACUUGUCUGUGUUCCUUUACAUUUUAUGCUUUGAAAUCGUAAUAAUCAACUCCAAAACAUCGUACGUAUGGCGUUUAAGCGAAGACAAAACUAAAAUUGUUGAGGUCAAAUUGUACGAGCAGGAUGUAGGGUUUGGUGGUGGUCCAACAAGACUUGACAUUUAUCCAGAGGACGAUCCACUGUUUCAAAUAUUAGUAUCGACUGAACAUGACGGCAAGCAUUGGAUUAAAAAGGCACCAGAUACGUAUUAUUGCACAAACUGUCAUCAAAUAAAAAAUGAAAGAUCAACCAUAACAAACAGUUCCAGUUCAGAUUACUUAAUAAAUAAUGUUGAUGAAGAUCCUUUGGACUGUGGCAAACCUGUUAAUUUCACAUUUUAUGAUACAUUAGUGGGGGUUCUGAACAGGAAAAGACAUCCACAUAUACCCGAACCACAAGCAAUACAAAUUUUCAAUGUUAAGACUAAAAACAAACAGCCUGACUUAGAUGUAGACUCUUUAGAGAAGAAACUGAGAAAAGCCAGAAAAGAGAAACCAAAGUCUGUGCAGCUGUACAACCAGAUCGGUCAGUUCUGGCGCAUUAAAGGUGACACGGAAAAGGCAAUCGAAUGCUUCAGACGAGCGUUGGCCGUAUCCCCGCACAAUUCUGACGUGCUCCUGAACCUGGCCCGGGUCCUGUUCGCCCUGCAGUAUCUGGACGACGCCAUUUACCUGACGAGGAGGUCGUUGGAGGUGCUCAAUUCGGUCAAGGGUGCGUGGCAACAGUACUUCACUCUCGGGGAGAUCUUCAAAGCGUACGGACACUAUCAGGAGGCGAUGGUGCAUCUGAGGCACACGCUCGAGCUGAAGCCCGGGUUCGAGCCGGCUCUGGUGGCUUUGCGGGAAAUGGAAAACAUGCCCGCGUCCACCGUGCACGUCUAUACUUUAGUCAUAAUCGCCUGUUUGGUCCUUGGUGUUCUUUUGGCAAUCGUCUCUUCAAAAGAGGGAGCGGAAGACUGUGAAGUUAGGACGCACCAUCGGCAUUUCAACAAGGCGAUAGCGAUGCGAUCUCUUAGAUUCAGCGUGCCGCAGAAGCGCAAGAAGGGCACGUCGUAAACGUUUUUUAAUUUCGCCGUGUACUGCUGCAACUGUUUAUUUGUACCUGUUGUAAUUGCUCAUUUUAUAAUUUUAAUUUAUUGAAUAAAUUAUAUUACUGUGAAUCUA